GACUAUAUUAUCCACGAGUACAAGGAAUAAAUACAAGAUGGAAAAUUUCAAAUCAAUUCUCGACUAUUUUCUUGUGGAUAUGGCGGAUCCAAUCAACCUUACACCUGUUGGCCUUCUUCUACUUUGCUUCAUAUGGAGUGGUUUACCUCGAGGUCCGGAGAAAUACAUAGCAAUAUGGACAUUGUUUAAUGCCUGUUUCAUACAUAUAUGGAUGGAGGGGUAAGCAUAUAGAAACAUGCAUGGAAACAUGACUAAAAUUCAGAAAUGUUGGGGGAAAACUUACAGCGAUUGAUACUAAAGAUUCUUUCCCUUUGCAUGUUUUUUGAACCAGAGCAAUGUUAUAUAGAAACGUAUUGGAUCCAUUGUUUACUCUUAAUUAAUGUUUGGGUAGGUCAGUGCCAACACUACCAUUCGUUUCUUAGGUUACCAGUAACGUCGGUAACACGGGUUCAUACAUGUAUUUACUCGGCUGUCGCCUCGUUGAAUGAAACGCUCCAUCUUUCACUUCAUGAAAAUAUUCUUUAUAGAUCUAAAAAUUUUCGUGCAAAAAUUGAAAAACAUCGAUCAGAAAACUUUAGUCAUUUUUCAGCUCCUGCAAAGCCCACAAGAAAAACACGCGUAUUUUAUACCUAGAAGAAGGCACUCUUGGCUGAUUCAGGCCGCCACCUUGGCUUCACCCAGUUAAAGGGCAGUUUACCUGCAGUUAUCAUUCCAGUUAUAGCUACUGAUCUGUUUUGGUCUGCAAGACUGCAACACCACGAACAUGUCGCAUAGUGAUCGGUGUUCUCUUUUUUUAUUGUACUAUUUACCAUUUGCACAUUUUAUUUUUUCUCGAUCUAUUGUCUUUUUAUGAAAUCUUCCUAGAAUUGUAGGUGUACUUGGGCGAGGUCCAAGAUGGAUGGUAAUAGAAUAUUCUAAGCUUGAUGCUAGAUACGCAGAAAAAGACCCAACUGUUAUGACCAUUGUUUGCGCAGAAGUUUUCAUUAUGGGGCCGUUGUGUAUUUUAUGGUGAGUAAUUCCUUGUCUCUAAGUUAAUUAAGCUCGCUAUUGUAGUUCGAGGGAAGGGGAUUUACUUAGGGUGGGGAACAGGAGCUUCCUUGAUUGGAAAACUCGUGCAAAUAGAGAUUGCUUCUCUCCUGUACUUCGAGGCUAUACCUCACUAAAUAACUAACCCGUAGGACUUAGUUGUCGAGGAUGUGUAGCAUGGGCCUUAGCCUGGGUGAACUGGGUAACCACAGCCUGUGCAAUUUAUAUUAAAUAAAUCACUUAUCACUAUCAUGUGAAAGGAAAAAUUGAUUGGAAAAAAUCCGUAAUUUAAUUUAUGGUGACGGUGUAUCGUAGUGUGUGGAAAUAGGUAAUUUAAAGUGGCAGGCGAGGCGAGUCCGCUCUGCUCAUGUUUUGUUUGCCAAUCUUUUGUUUAAAUUGUUUUAAACGAUGGAUCAGCCAGUUAAAAUUCAGACUACAUAACUGUAUUAUGGUAUAUAUGAUUUGUAUAUCCCGUAUUUCGGAAAGAUGGGUUUCAAGCAAUCCCACAAAUUAAAGGCAGAUGAUCAUUUUGAAAUAGAAUCGAAAUAUCACAACCCAUUCUCGUCUUGACUCGUAUCUUGAGUUUCAAGAUGCUAAUCCUCGAAUUGUGUUUUGUUUUAUACAAACUCAAGUUAGAUGUUGUCAAAUAAUGAAAUCUAUCAUCAGAAUAAAUUAUGUGCACUGAACUGGAGCACGAUGGAAGCUAUCUAUACUUGACCCAGUUAUACUGUAUACUUAGCCUAUGUAUAACUAUAUGUGCUUAGCCCACGAUGUGGUAUGACUGACUCAUGUAUACAGCUAUUUCAAUUAAGGUUGUCUCCCGAGCAAAGCGGAAAAGUCGAAUACGAGCGCGAAAGGCUGCUGGGAUUCGCUAAUAAAUUCAUUCCUUAAUUGAACAACCUUACAACCUUAAUUGAAAUCGGCUGUAUACUCACGGAAUAUUUCAUUAAUGUAUACCGCAUGUUGGUACACUUGACCCAUGUGUAUAUACUUGACCGAUUUAUCUUUUACACUGAAAUAUAUUCACUACACUAACAUUUAGUGUUUUCUUGUACAUUUAGGUAUAAUGCAAUAAUGAAAAGGUUAUGGUACAAACCAUUCCUAGCUAUUGUUACGUCAACAAUUCAACUGUUUGGUGCUGUAAUUUAUGUGUUUACUGAAGUUUUUCUGGGUUUCAAAAAUCUUCCAAAACUAGUAUGUAGAUUUUAUUUUACAAAUUUGUGUUCAGUACUUGUUGGUUCUAGAGUUCGCAAUUCUAUUGUGUCUUAUUGUAUAGCUCAGAAGCAAAGUAGCGAAAAUGUUAAAUUUGAUUGGUUGCCGAACCAAUGAGUUGUAAAUAUUCACUUCUGGGAGAUUUAAUACUCACCAGAUUGAAAAUAGGUUAUCGUUCCAUGUUUCGCGCACCAAUAUAAGUUAGGGUUAGGGGUUAGGUAUUAGGGUUAGGUUAGGGGUUAGGGGUUAGGUUUAAGGAUAGGGUUAGGGUAUGUAUAUACGUGUAUGGAGGUAUUCAGUUAAUUUUUCAGUACACAAAACGAAAUAAUUAUAGAAUCUCACCUUCCCAGAUCAACCAUUUGUAUUUCACAAAUUUUGUUAAAGUAUUGUGUAAUUGUGCCUUUGGCCACCGAGUGUCCUUUGGAGAAGGCUCCCCCCCCCCCUUCAGAAUUCAAAUCGCCUGGCUUUGGACCUAUGUUCACACGAUACAAGACGAAUUCAUAACCUUGAACUGCGUAGAAUUCCCAAUGUAGAACGGUCAACGUUUUUUCCCAAGGAAGGGUGUGUUUGUUGAUUGGCUUUUGUCAUUGGCUAGGGCGUUUGAUGCACCUUUGUUGUCAAUAUAUUCGGUAAAUACUGUUGAGUGUUUAAAGGAAUGGCGAAACCAGCUUCUUCGACGUUUGCUUUUAUUCAGAGUUGGGUUAAUACACCCUUCCGGAAAGUGUUCAGUCCUGGCCAUACAGCCUCGUUUUCGUGAUCGCAAUCAGAGCCGUCGAGAGGGGGGGGGGGAAUUUCCCCAGGCCCCGAGGUGCUGGGGGCCCCUGAAAAAUUUUUGUUGGGCCCCAGUCUUUUUUCUGUGUUAAAUAUUUCCGCCCAAAGGACAAUAUAUCUGUUUUAUUGGGCUAAGUACCGAAAUUAGGCAUAGAAAAAUGAUAUAAAGUCUCUGGAAAGUGUCUUUUUCAAAAGGGGGUCUUUGUUUUUUUUCAAAAGGGGGCCCCCCAAAAAAAAUUUGCCCCGGGCCCCCGCCAACCUCUCUGCGGCCCUGAUCGCAAUAUUGGGUACGUUUAGAACCUUUUACCACACAUUUACGAAAUCUCUUUAUCUAAAAGAUCAUCUAAAAUACCUUUAUAUAAUUGGGCCAUCAGUAACAAGACAAAAGGCGAGAUCUCAAUCACGAAAACAGGCUUAUAGCCAAGACUGAGUACUUUCCGGAAGGCUGUAUUGUCAACUGCAGACGUUGUGCUCAUUAUCCUUGUGCAUGUGUUACAGGGAUGGAUUUAAGCCCAGACCAGAGGGGGUGCAGGGGGUUGCUAUUUUUCAUGAUAAAUAAAAAAUAUUAGAGACAAAAUGAGAUACAGUAAUUUGAGUAAUAACAUGAUGUUAAGCGAACUGUGAACAACAAUUACGAUUCAAAUACAGUAGUCAAGCAAGACUUUGCAGUGGUCAAGCAAGUUGAUGGGUGGGCGGCGCACAUGACCGACACAACUCGGAACCGGAAGAGCACCCCCGCUACCAGAUCAUGCUGGGUCCAUCCCUGAGAAUGAAUAAUUAUAGAGAAUGGAGUAACCGAAUAUACAGGGUGUCCCAAAAAACACCCAAAACUAUUGAAAUAACGUAUUGUUAGAAUUUGAAUGCCAAGGCACUAAGCUGAACGGAAAGAUGCGUAAAAUACAGUAGAACCAUUUAAUUGACUAGUGUUUCGUUCGAUCAUUUAGAAUGCAAAAGUUUGAGUUCUAAAACGAUGGAUCAACGUGGUGACCAGUUCCUGGUCCCAGUAGUACGAUCGUACUUGUUUUUCAAAAUCCUUUCUAUAUGGAAAUAUAGUAUGGAUCUUCUUUGGAAUCCUUACUAUGGAAAUAUAGUAUGGAUCUUCGUUGAAAUCCUUAUUAUGGAAAUAUAGUAUGGAUCUUCGUUGAAAUCCUUACUAUGGAAAUAUAGUAUGGAUCUUCGUUGGAAUCCUUAUUAUGGAAAUAUAGUAUGGAUCUUCGUUGAAAUCCUUACUAUGGAAAUAUAGUAUGGAUCUUCUUUGGAAUCCUUACUAUGGAAAUAUAGUAUGGAUCUUCGUUGAAAUCCUUAUUAUGGAAAUAUAGUAUGGAUCUUCUUUGGAAUCCUUACUAUGGAAAUAUAGUAUGGAUCUUCGUUGAAAUCCUUAUUAUGGAAAUAUAGUAUGGAUCUUCGCUGAAAUCCUUACUAUGGAAAUAUAGUAUGGAUCUUCGUUGAAAUCCUUAUUAUGGAAAUAUAGUAUGGAUCUUCGUUGAAAUCCUUACUAUGGAAAUAUAGUAUGGAUCUUCGUUGGAAUCCUUAUUAUGGAAAUAUAGUAUGGAUCUUCUUUGGAAUCCUUACUAUGGAAAUAUAGUAUGGAUCUUCGUUGGAAUCCUUAUUAUGGAAAUAUAGUAUGGAUCUUCUUUGGAAUCCUUAUAUUACUAUGGAAAUAGUAUGGAUCUUCGAAUUGUAAUUUCCAUACUAUGACACGAAUGUAUUUUUCUUUGUUCUUCACCCAAAUCAUUUACUGCUUUUGUAGCGGCGGGAAGAGUGUCGGUGAACUUUCAAUCGACUGCUAUGAGUCAACAAUGUUGAAGUCUGGAAGGGUGCCAAUCCGAAAAUGUAGGAUUUUAGAUCAUCUUUAAAGCCCUAACAAUCAUUGAUGGUGCAUGUGUUAUACUCAUUCGAACAAACUUAAAACCACAUCUCAUGCAGGCUCUGCGCAACCAUCAACGAUUGUUAUGGUUUUAAAGAUGAUCUAAAAUCCCACAUUUUCGGAUCGGUACCCUUCCAGACUUCAACGUUAUUGACUCAUAGCAGUCGAUUGAAAGUUCACCGACGCUCUCCCGCCACUACAAAAGCAGUAAAUGAUUUUGGUGAACAACAAAGAAAAAUACAUUCGUGUCAUAGUAUGGAAAUUACAAUUUGAAGAUCCAUACUAUUUCCAUAGUAAGGAUUCCAACGAAGAUUCCAUAUUAUAUUUCCAUAUAGUAAGGAUUCCAACGAAGAUCCAUACUAUAUUUCCAUAGUAAGGAUUCCAAAGAAGAUCCAUACUAUAUUUCCAUAGUAAGGAUUCCAAAGAAGAUCCAUACUAUAUUUCCAUAGUAAGGAUUCCAAAGAAGAUCCAUACUAUAUUUCCAUAGUAAGGAUUCCAAAGAAGAUCCAUACUAUAUUUCCAUAGUAAGGAUUCCAAAGAAGAUCCAUACUAUAUUUCCAUAAUAAGGAUUCCAAAGAAGAUCCAUACUAUAUUUCCAUAAUAAGGAUUCCAACGAAGAUCCAUACUAUAUUUCCAUAUAGAAAGGAUUUUGAAAAACAAGUACGAUCGUACUACUGGGACCAGGAACUGGUCACCACGUUGAUCCAUCGUUUUAGAACUCAAACGUUUGCAUUUUAAAUGAUCGAACGAAACACUAGUCAAUUAAAUGGUUCUGCUGUAUUUUACGCAUCUUUCUGUUCAGCUUAGUGCUAGGGCAUUCAAAUUCUAACAAUACGUUAUUUCAAUAUAGGGACACCCUGUAUUUUCGGGACACCCUGUAUAUUCGGUUACUCCAUUCUCUAUACUCAUUCUUCCUCCAACACCCGGUGUCAUAUUUUCAUUGUAUGGUCUUACAUUAAAUAGUAUAUUAUACAUUUCUAAUUUCAGCAUUCGUGGCCCCCAUCCUUCACAGUUUGGGACGAUGUAUUUUACUUCUGGAUCGUGUUUGUUUUUGGCAACAUGGUAUGGAUCGGGGUCCCAAUGUUCUGCAUCGUCAAGUCAAUAUGGGCAUUUUCUCCACACAACAACAAUGUAGAAAAGAAACAACGCUAAAGAUAUGAAAAGGCCGAUUUACACUACACAACUUUCGCCUAAAACUGUCGCAUGCAACCUGCUUACAACUUGAGUUGUACUAUGUAAAUCAAGCCUACGUUGUCGCAUAGCCUAUCGAAGGAGAGAUGGCUGUGAAACUCAUUAGAAUAACAAUAUAACUCAUUAUCUAUGUUAGUCAACGUUUAUUCAUAAAUCUGGUCCUUCAACGUCACGUGUGUAUUGUAUUUUUGCCAAAUCCACCAAUAGCAAUGUUUUAGGAAAGUUACCUAUAUCACGAACAACAUAGGGUAUAAAUGUGAAAUUGCUAUUGGUGGAUUUGGCAAAAUUACAAUACACACGUGACCGUGAAGGACCAGAUUUAUGAAUAAACGUUGACUAACAUAGAUAAUGAGUUACAAUUGUUAUUCUAAUGAGUUUCACAGCCAUCUCCCCUUUGAUAGGCUAUGGUUGUCUAGAAAAAAUUGUCACUCGUAAUGUUUGGGUUUUUGUAUUAUUUUCACUUUUUGCACUGUAUUUCAUGAACUGUAUUUUACUUUUUCGCACUGUAUUUCUAAAAAAUUGCACUGCUCUUAGCCAAUCAGAGUUGAGAAAUGUUUUCAUGUAUAUUAUUAUGCUUGUUAUUUUUCGGUCGUUUUUUUUAUGGAAAGUUUGUUUCAUAAGUUGUUGAUUCAUAAGUUGUUCCACAUGUUGUAUUUUCCACAUGAUAUGUUUUUAAUUGUGUUUGUAAAUUAUGGAUUUGUACAACUAAAUAUUAUGCCAUUAAUUAAUACUGUUUCCAAACUCGUAUGCCCGUUCGCAGGUUAAGUACCCUGCACUGGGUACCAGACAAUGAACUCAAUAUAUAUCUCAGACUCAUUAAUAAUUCAUGAG